CGUGUGUCUGACUGGACCACAGAGAAACGAUGAAAAAGAAAGACAGUCUAAUUCAGGUGUUUUGCCUGCUGUCAGUCGCCUCAGGAAUAGGCAUUGGGUUUCUGCUGAGGCUAACAGUUGGCGUACGCAAUAGGGUUAUGAAAGAGUGGAUCAAAAUGCCAGGGAAUAUACUUCUGUAUGUGCUUCAGAUGUUCGCUGUCCCCCUCAUUGUGACAAGCGUGCUUGCAGGAGUAACUGGAUUAAACACCAAAAUGUCCAGGAAAGUAGCCUUGAUCACAGGAGCCUACGUCUCUUUCUCUACCGUUUAUGCUUCAUCUUAUGGUAACUUUAUAAAGUGCAGUGUAGCAAUGUCUCUGGUGCUCUCAACAAGGCCUGGUUUGGGAGCACAGCAUGCAAGUGGAGAACCGGAUCUUUCCGUUCCCUUCUCCAUGCACGUGGUCUUAAUGGAUCUCUUGAGGAACAUGUUUCCAGAGAGCUUCCUUCAGGCUUUCUUCGAGCAGUACAAGACUGAGAUUGUUCAUGUCACAAAAGAUCAAACUAUAACCUACGUGCCACGCAAUGACAGUGAGAUGCGACUGAUAGGCACCUAUGUUCCUGGAGCCAACAUGCUAGGACUGAUCAUCUGGUCUUUCACCAUCGGCAUCUUGUUAAACAGGGUGGGAGACCAGGCAAAAAGCACUGUGAAUGUCAUUCAAUACGUCAACGAUGCAAUAAAAAUCAUAGUCCACUGGUUCGUGUGGUAUUUGCCAAUUGGAGUUUUGUUCCUGAUCACAGACAGUGUGUUGAAUGUGGAAGACUGGCGAGAGGCCGUGAAACUUGUGAAGUUUGCAGGGGUGGUUUGUAUGGGACUGGGAUGCUACGCCUUUCUUAUUCUUCCCUUGGCUUAUUUAGCGAUAGUCAGACAGAACCCCUUUAAAGUCUUCAAGAAUAUCUCCAAGGCUCUGACAACUGCAUUUAUCGUCGCAUCCAGCACCGCCGCUCUACCUAUUGCCUUUCAAUGCUGUGAAGAGAAUGCGAAGGUCAAUAAGAAACUCGUCCGCCUCAUAUUGCCCAUCACCGUCAGCCUCAACAUGAACGGGACAAUAAUUUACGAAGUGAUCGCUUCCGUCUUUGUUACUCAGAUAAGUGACAUCAAGCUGGAAGUCAGCCAGAUAAUCGCCAUUUGCUUGUCUAGUUCCAUUGUCACCUUUGGAACUGCAGGGGUCCCAGCAAAAGGAGCUAUGACCACUAUCAUGGUUCUGACAUCUGUGGGACUUCCUGCAAAGGAUGCUGCCAUGCUGGUGAUAUUUGAAUGGCUUCUAGACCAUUUCACUACCAUGGUGAAUAUGCUCGCAAACAUGAUGGGUCUGAUUACCAUCAAUGCUAUAUGGGAAAAGGAGCUGAUAGUCAUGGAAGAAGCAGAAAGGACUGAUAAAGUUCGUUCCCCCAGUGAGCUCCAGCUGGACUUACUCUGUUUGGAGCCAAAUGACGAGGUCAUCCCGUCCAAUGCCGCCGCAUCAGGAUCCAUUUCACCUAAGUGAGAGGAUCAUCUCAGCACCAUAUUAACGCCAACGAGCUGAAACCUCAGGACAGUGAUGUCACCAUCCUGGGG